CGUGGUGAAUACUUUCACUUUGAAGAACACAGGAAAUUCCUCCCACUUAGAGAAAGCCCAUUCAGGCAUGUACGAUAAACUCAAUUUGAGUCCGCGUCAAACUUCCUAACAGAAUCGAUAUUUCACAUUUUUCGUGCACACUAUGUCCUCUAACAAUAUGGCGGAUCCUAGGAGACAAAAUAAGAUACUGCGGUACAAGCCCCCCACCACGGAGGCCAACCCCACAUUAGAGGAUCCCACUCCUGACUACAUGAACCUGCUGGGCAUGAUCUUCAGCAUGUGUGGACUGAUGCUUAAGUUGAAGUGGUGUGCCUGGAUCGCUGUCUACUGCUCCUUCAUCAGCUUCGCCAACUCCAGAAGCUCUGAGGACACGAAACAGAUGAUGAGUAGCUUCAUGCUGUCCAUCUCUGCUGUGGUCAUGUCCUACCUUCAGAACCCUCAGCCCAUGUCACCUCCGUGGUGACAAAUGAUGCCAGAUGGUCCAAUUGGGAGCCACGACAGAUACAAACUACCGCACGGGAAGUCAAAGAAACCGAGCCGAACUGGAUGCCAAGAUGGCUGAAUCUUUUUAAUCUUUUUUUUUUAAUGUUUUCCAGAUUGUGCAAAUUAAUAAAAAAAAGUAGUACAAAAUGAAUAAAUAAGCUUUGGUCAAUUCAUGGAAUAAAAAUACAGGUUUGAAGCUGGAUUUGGGCUUUUGAAAUAAAAAAAUAAAGGGCCAAAGACUA